AUGAAGCACCUCGCCGCUUACCUCCUCCUCGGCCUCGGCGGCAACGCCUCUCCCUCUGCCAAGGAUGUCAAGGCUGUCCUUGAGUCCGUCGGCAUUGAGGCUGAUGACGAGCGCCUCAACAAGCUCAUCUCUGAGCUUGAGGGCAAGGACAUCAACGAGCUGAUCUCUGAGGGCUCCAGCAAGCUCGCCUCCGUCCCCUCUGGUGGCGCUGGUGGUGCUGCCCCUGCUGGCGGUGCCGCUGCCGGCGGUGCUGGCGAGGCUGCCAAGGAGGAGGCUCCCAAGGAGGAGGGUAAGGAUUCAUGCCAGUUCCAAUCUCACAAUGCCAUGGUUUUGCUAACCCCCUUGCAGAGAAGGAGGAGUCCGACGAGGACAUGGGCUUCGGUCUCUUCGACUAAAUACCCUGCUUACGACCCUGAUGACCGGCCGUAUGCCCCGAUCUCAUCAAAGAAGUCACGCAGCAGUUGGCCGAUGCUUUCGCAUAUCGCAGGCAUGGAGGGAUCACCUCUGGGUUGGACUUCGGCACAGACUUGUGUAGGAAAACCGGCUAGAUUCGGACAAUUUAAAAGCUUGCUUCUUCUUUGA